GAAACCCAUUUUCUUUUCUUUUCGUUCCAAAAUCCUUGAACCGGGUAAAAAACUGUUGCAAGCCGUCCAUUCAAACUGGUCCACCGUCCGUUCAAACCACCGCUGCCGUCCACCGUCGCACCACCUCACCGUCUAGACCCUCCAGCCCCUCCCGCCGUCCACUGUUGCAAGCCUCAAUUUCAAGAUGAGCAAUGGUAAUGAUGAUUCCCAGCCCUCACGGAUUCCUACUUUAGAACGCCUCCGGCAAAACCUAUUUGGUGAUUGGAAGUUCUCUAGGGCGGGCUCCUCUAGGACGGACUCUUCUGAGGCGGGUUCCUCUCGGGCUCCUGUUUCGUCGCCCUCUAUAACAUCGGGACCAUUGAACGGUUCGCAGAGGUCACCUGCCACUCCACUUACAGAGACAUCAGAUAUUGGGGCUCGGUUGCAUGAAGAGGAGCAUCAUGAGGACGACCAACAUGAGGAUGACCACCUGGAGGGCAAUCAAUACGUUUACGUGAAUUCGGAUGAAGAAAACGGUGGAUGCAUGUACAAUCAGAGGACUGACGGUCUGGUGAAAAAAAAGACUGUGGAAGCGGCUAUGUUAGAGAGGCUGAAGGAGGAUACGAGCAAGAGAAAGAAGAAGAAUAGGCGCAAGGGUAAAGAAGAUGGUCCUGCACUUGGGACAUACACUGGAGGGACGAUCCCGUUUUCUGAGAAUUAUAAUCGACUGGCUGCAAAGAAAAGAGCACAUAUCUCGGUGGAAGAAGUCAUCGUCCAUUCAAAGAAAAAAAAGCAUGAUGGGCAGACCUGGGUUGAUUCGAGUGAUGUCGAUCUCUGGGCUCGAUUUAUUGCUCUUCGCGAUGAGGCUAUAAAGAAUGGGCUUGAUGUCACCGAUGACGAAAUCUGGUACUCACUAGUCCAUGACCGCAAUGUGAAGGAUCGCAUGUCAGGAGUCGGCGACUACGAGCGUAAGAUGAGAAAGUUGAAGCCGUCAUCCACCCAUCGCCGCUCUAGCUCCUCUGCCAUUAAGAAAAGUGAAAUAGAGAUCCUCAAAGAACAGAACAAACGCCUCCAAGAACAGAGGGAUCGCUUCAUAACAAUUGCUUUAAUCUUUGGGGAAUAGUUGAUUGUAUAUGUGUAUUAAAGAAUGGGUGUAUUA